AUGUCGAUUCGGCCGGGUGAAAGUUUGACCGUUGCAUGCUUCAUCAUCGUGACAGCUUCAGUUAAUGUUCCUGGCAUCGUGGCAUACCAGGGGCAGUACCGGUAUCCGCACUCCGUGCUUGGUGCAUACGUAGUAGUAUACUUUAGUCUCUGCCCCAGCAACUUCUGGGUCAAGAAGGAAUCGUCAGCCGAAAUGUCUGUGCCCCCUGAUGAUGCUAGGGAGGAAGUUUCCGAAGCCGGGGAACCUAGAUGGCACAAGGGCUCUGGGCACUCACCGGCGUGGGAACUGGCGUGGAUGCCGGCGUGGACGCUGGCGUGGAACUUGUGA